UAAUCAUAAACAUGACGAUCACGCCGCUGGACGGCUAUAAAAGCUGCUCGAACACAGAGACGGACUUUAACAUCGCUCACAGCUGUACAUUACAUGACCGUAAAGCCAUAAGAGCAUUAAUUACCUCAAUGAGCGGGGUUUUAUGGCUUUAUCUCGCGUAAAUGAUAGUUUGUUCAGCUGUUGAGACGGUCUCUCUCGCGUUUGCAGCUCGCCGCGCUUUCCAGAAGAAAUCACUUUAUUUAUUUUCUUCAAAACUUCUGCGUUUAUUUUGAAGUGUGAGAAAUAAGGAUGGGGUCUCAAACGACAGUAUCGAUCGUGUUUUUAGUUCUGGGAGGCAUGGCGUUGUUGUUCGGGACUGUCCUGGUGUUUGUGGGACCGAUCAUAAUUGAUGAUCAAAUAGUGAAGAAUGUGGAGAUCAAUCCCAAAAACGAUCUGUCCUACACAAUGUGGAAGGACAUUCCAGUUCCCUUCUUCAUGUCUGUGUAUUUUUUCCACAUCGUCAAUCCUGAUGAGAUCCUCAAAGGAGAAAGGCCCAUGGUGAUCCAGAGAGGGCCGUACGUGUACCGAGAAAACCGCUGGAAGGACAACAUCACGUUUCAUGAAAACCACACGGUGUCAUAUAAGGAGUAUCGUCAAUAUUUCUUUGAGGAGAGCAUGUCUGUGGGAGACGAGUCUGAUGUGGUCACCAUCCCCAACAUGCUGGUGCUGGGAGCAUCGGUGAUGAUGGAGAACAUGCCGUUUCCUGUCCGCCUUCUGCUCAGCACCACCUUCAAGACUUUCAACGAGGGUCCGUUCCUGACCAAACCGGUGGGAGAGCUGAUGUGGGGCUAUGACAGCAAACUGGUGGACUUCCUCAACAAAUACCUGCCCGGCAUGCUCCCGUCCAGCGGCAAAUUCGGCUUAUUUGCUGAUUUUAAUAACUCCAACACUGGGCUGUUCACCAUCUUCACCGGCCGAGACGACAUCCGCAAGGUGCACAUGGUGGACUCCUGGAACGGCCUCAAAAAUGUGGAUUUCUGGAGGUCUGAUCAGUGUAAUAUGAUCAACGGGACGGCGGGUCAAAUGUGGCCUCCGUUUAUGACCAAAGAGACCACCAUGCCUUUCUACAGCCCCGAUGCCUGCCGGUCGAUGGAGCUGGUGUAUCAGCGGCCGCUGGUGUCCAGUGGGAUUCCAGUUUUCCGAUACAUCUCUCCGAAAACUCUGUUUGCGAACGGAGCAGAUUUUCCUCCAAAUGAAGGAUUCUGUCCGUGCCGGCAGUCCGGCCUGCUGAACGUCAGCUCCUGCAGACACGGUUCUCCAACAUUCAUCUCUCAGCCGCACUUUUAUAACGCUGACCCACAGUUGCUGGACACGGUCAGUGGAUUGAGCCCAAUGAAGAUGAACACGGCCCUUUUUAUCGACAUCCACCCGGAGACUGGCGUGCCGGUAAAUGUCUCUGUUCGGCUACAGCUCAACCUCUUCUUAAAGAAAGUUUCAGGAAUCUCAGAAACGGGCAAUAUAGCGGAGGUGGUGAUGCCCAUGCUGUGGUUUGAAGAGAGCGGCUACAUCGACGGGCCCGUCCUGCACACGUUUCGCACCAAUCUGGUGGUUCUACCGCAGGUCAUGGAGUACAUGCAGUACAUCUUCAUCGCUCUCGGCCUCGCUGCCAUCCUGACCGCUGUCAUAUUAUUCAUCACCGAUAAGGUAAAAAGUAAAACGAGUGGUCCGUCCAGCACAGAUGUGGAUCCAUCCAGCACAACCAGUGAAAAAACCCCAUUACUGCAGUCACCAACCAGCUGAAUCAUCAUCCACAUUCACAAUAUUUAAAAGUUCCACAAAUAAAGCUUAUUUUAUUAUAACGAGCUGUGGAUGAUUGGACUGGAUCCAGUACAGAUGAUGGAUUAUAAACUCUUGUGUGUUAGUGGUUGGGUUUUCCAUGGAGUCAGCAUUACAUUUAGCAUUGGAAAAACUGAGCAUCUGUGUUAUGGUCUGGGUGAAGAUAGAUUUUUAUUUUAAAAUGAAAAUACUUGAAUAAAUAUACAAGAUCGUGAAAUUGUGCACACUAAAUUUAACGGUCUAAAGACUCCAAUUUUCUACAUGAAAACAAGAACUGUAUUUGAAACUAUCCUGUAAUAACCUUUAAUCUUUCUAUUGUAAAAAAAGGAAGUGCCUUGAACAUUUUCUGACAAUAUCAUGCUAUUAUUAACUAUCCUGUCAAAACAGAAAAACAUGCUGAGCAUGCAUAUUUCUCAAUACUCUGAAUACAUGUGUUGAUAAUCAGUUUUAAAGACUCUCAGAGGAUGUAAAAUGUUGUUAAAUGUCCAUGUGUUUGCAUUUUUCUGGAUGUUGUGUAAAAUGAAAUCGGUUUAUUUGUAAUUUGAUGCUUUAUGAAAGUUUCAUGUCAGAUGUUGUGUGAAACCUAUUAUUGGACAAAUGACUAAAACAAACAUGAGCCAUAUGAGCCAAACUUUUUUUUAAUCAUCACUCCUAAAUGGCGCUUUUGAUUGUGUAUAAAAAGAGUUUAUAACUGUUUUUAUUAAAUUUUAUUAUGUCACUACUGAAUAAAAUUACGUUUCACAUCAAAAUCGGAUAUAAAUGUGAAACAAAAUAA